AAUAACUAGAGAGAGAAAAAACCAAAAACAAAAGAAAAAAUUAGAAAGAAGAGAGAGAAAAUGAGUCUUGUUCAUUUUGUGUAUGGAUUCAUCUUCAUUAGCUUGUUUUUGUUAUGGAAAUUGAUUAAUGCUUGUUAUAUUUCACCCGUUCGAACGCUGCAAAAGCUGCGUUCGAACGGGUUAGGAGGACCAACUCCUAAGUUUCCUUUGGGAAAUUUGAGUGAUAUGAAACAAAUGCUCAUCAAAGCUAAAUCUUUAUCUUCGUCGUUGUCGUUGUCGUCGUCGUCUUCUGAAAGUAUAUCCCAUGAUAUUCAUUCUUCUUCUCUUCCUUAUUUCGCUCAAUGGAAGAAGUUGCAUGGAAAAGUGUAUGUUUACUGGAUGGGAGUUGAGCCAUUUUUGUACAUAGCAGAUCCUGAGUUUCUCAAGCAAAUGUCUGGAAGUGUAUUGGCGAAGAAUUGGGGAAAACCUAAUGUAUUCAGAAAUGAUAGGAUUCCCAUGUUUGGAGAUUAUGGUCUUAAUAUGAUUGAGGGCAAUACUUGGGCUCGUCAUAGACAUAUUAUUAAUCCAGCUUUCUCUUCUACCAAUUUGAAGGUCAUGGCGAAUUCAAUGGUGGAAUCCACAACAAAGAUGAUAACCCAAUGGACUACUCUCCUUACCAACUCGAGCAAACUCGAACUCGACAUGGAGAAAGAAGUCACAACACUAGCCGGAGAGAUAAUUGCCAAGACUAAUUUUGGGAUUAACAGUGAAUUAGGAAACGUAUUACUCGAAAAACUAAGAUCAAUGCAAAUUAGUCUGUUCAAACACACACGUUACGUUGGAGUCCCAUAUGGUCACCUUUUAACAAUGGGACAAACCCUAGAAGCAAGAAAACUAGGACAAGAAAUUGAUGAAAUUCUUUUAUCAAUUAUAAAUUCGAGAAGAAAGGUUAUUGGUGUUGAACCUCAACAUGAUUUACUAGGGUUAUUGCUCGAAGGUGAGGAAGAUAAUCGAGUUGAUGGACAAUUUGUAAAGAAAUUGACAACUAGAGAGCUUGUUGAUGAGUGUAAGACGUUCUUUUUUGGAGGGCAUGAGACGGUCGCAUUGUCAAUGACAUGGACUUUGAUGUUAUUGGCAAUGUACCCUAAAUGGCAAGAUGAAUUGAGGAAAGAAAUUGAGGAAGUGAUUGGGGAGAAAGAUGAGAUUGAUUUCACAAUGCUUGCUGGACUCAAGAAGAUGGGAUGGGUGUUUAAUGAAGUAUUAAGACUAUACCCUUCAUCACCAAAUGCACAAAGGCAAGCAAGAAGUGACAUUCAAGUAGGCAAUGUAGUAAUCCCGAACGGCACCAACAUAUGGAUCGAUGUCGUUGGAAUGCACCACGACCGGACUUUGUGGGGAGACGAUGUCAACGAGUUCAAACCCGAGAGAUUCGAUGGCGACUUGUACGGCGGAUGCAAGCAUAAGAUGGGUUACAUGCCUUUCGGGUUUGGGGGAAGGAUGUGCAUAGGAAAAAAUUAUGCACUCAUGGAGUACAAGAUUGUUAUGUCUUUGAUUCUUCGCCGGUUUUCUUUCACCGUUGCACCGUCGUAUCACCAUUCGCCGACUUAUUUUUUCUCUUUUAGACCGGGUUCUGGGGUGCCUCUUAUUGUUAAACCUUUGUAAAUGUUUUCAAACUAAUAAGAAAUGGCUUACAUUAGAAUACUUCAUGACUUAUGAGUGACUUUAUUUUUGACCAGGAAAGUGAAAAUGUAUUGCAAUUAACAAAAACCCAUUUACGAGCUAUAGAACUACAGAAGUGUAGGCAAAUGUUCUAGGAAAGAUCUCAAUACACUUCAAAGCUUAGAGAAUAUAAGCACAGGACACAAAAUCAUGUGUUGGUGCUAAAAUUAAGAUUCAACCAAGUAGCAUAUGUUUGUAUUUCAGUUUGCCCAACAAAGCUUCAAACUUGCGUCUAGGGCCGUCCCAAACUUUUUGGUGUCCCAAGGGCGAAAUAAUAAACUGGG